AUGGACGGGGCCGAGAUGGAAGGACCGCUCUUUUUGCAGAGUCAGCGCUUCGGAACCAAGAGGUGGAGGAAGACCUGGGCGGUGCUCUACCCCGCCAGCCCCCACGGCGUGGCCCGCCUCGAGUUCUUUGACCACAAGGGGUCGGCCUCUGGGGGGGGCCGCGGGAGUUCGCGCCGCCUGGACUGCAAGGUGAUUCGUCUUGCGGAGUGUGUGAGUGUGGCCCCGGUGGCGGUGGAGAGCCCCCCUGAGCCCGGCGCCACAGCCUUCCGCCUGGAUACUGCGCAGCGCUCCCACCUGCUGGCUGCGGACGCGCGGUCCAGCAUCGCCUGGGUGCAGAAGUUGUGCCGAAAUGCCUUUCCGAAAGGCAGCUGGACUCCGGCGCCUGCCGAGAAUCCACCCAAACUUUCAGCGUUGGAGAUGCUGGAGAACUCAUUGUAUAGCCCCACCUGGUCAGGAGUCCAGUUUUGGGUAACCGUGCAGAGGACUGAGGCAGCUGAGCGCUGUGGCCUGCAUGGCUCCUAUGUGCUGAGGGCAGAGGCUGAAAGACUGACUCUUCUGACCUCUGGGACCCAGAGUCAGGGACUGGAGCCCCUGCUUUCCUGGCCCUAUACUCUGUUGCGUCGUUAUGGCCGUGACAAGGUUAUGUUUUCUUUUGAGGCUGGUCGCCGCUGCCCUUCUGGUCCUGGUACCUUCACCUUCCAGACGGCACAGGGAAAUGACAUCUUUCAGGCAAUUGAGAAUGCAAUCCACCAGCAGAAGGCCCAGGCAAGAGCCAAUCAGGCGCACGAUGUCAUGACAGUGGACUCUCAUGAACGAGACGUGGCAGAUGUGAAGCUGGCUUCCCCUUGCAGCCCCCAGGAGCUCCUGGCCAGCCCCCCAACUCUGUAUGCUGAACCUUUAGACUCUUUGCGCAUCCCUCCAGACCCUUCCCAGGACUCCCUAUAUUCAGACCCCCUGGAUAGCACCCUUGCUCGGGCAGGGGAGGGGGCGCAGUUGAAGAAACCGGCUCUCUACUGGGACUUGUAUGAGCAUGUGCAGCAGCAGUUGUUGAAAGUCAACCUGAAGGACUCCAAAGAGGAUCCCAUCUAUGAUGAACCGGAGGGCCUGGCCCCAGCCCCUCCCAGAGGCCUUUAUGACCUACCUCAGGAGCCCAAGGAUGCAUGGUGGUGUCAGGCUCGGGUGAAGGAGGAGGGCUACGAGCUCCCAUAUAACCCAGCCACUGAUGACUACGCUGUGCCUCAGAGCAUAAAGCCUCUUCCAGCUCCCAAGCCCCAAGGCCUAGUCUUCCUGGAACCUGGCACUAAAACUGGCAAUGGUAGCAAAGACCAUAGCUCAGACUCUCCCCUGUAUAGCCAGGUCCAGAAGAGUGGGGCCUCGGGGAGCUGGGACUGUGGGCUCUCUAAAGCCGGGACCACCAGGACUGGAGUCAAGUCUGAGGGCUCCAUAUAA